GUGAUACAGCAAGUGCUUAUAAUAAUUGUUGUCAAUGUUUUUAUUGCUAUUUUUAUAGUUAAAAUUUGUUAAAAGACUCAAUAAUAAUCAAUCUAUUGGGUGACUGAUGAAUAGAAUAAUCAUUAUAUAUAGUGAUAAUUUUAAUAAUAAUUUUUGUAGUACUUAGCACAGUGCAUUCUUUCUUUUAAUAGUAGAUCUUCACUUUUUAGAGCUAGAAUAUUGAUUGUAACUCUUCUAUAGUCGUAGACCUGAGCUUUAGUAAGUAAUUCAACUGGAUUUCUUCACUAUCUUGCUUGUGCCAUGCUUAUACACGUGUAGUGAAACGUCACGAUACAUUAAUUCCGGCGCCAAGGAUCGAGCGCAUCCUGUUUCAUAUCCGUGUGUGUAUGUAGUAUCUAUGGUGCCGCCAGACUGGCCGGCCAGUCCACUCUUUGUAUCCUGCCUCCCCAGUAAUUUCCUUUAUUCACUCACAAUUACCUUACGUGCUAAUCGUAGGUCAUCCAUCAUCAUAGAUAUUGUCACCAUCUAGUCUUUAUCAUGGCGAUUAGUUCAGUGAAAACAGACCGUUCGCCUUUCAUUCUUCAACAUGAGGGUUUACUGAAUUUCAUUCAAGCCGAUGGUAAUUGGAGGGGCCACAUUUACAGCCACCAGCAAGAAGCGCUUUUAGCAAUAAAAAAAAACAGCUCGAAAACAAAGACAAGCCAAACAUUGCUCUUGUUGUUUUACCCACUGGUUGUGGUAAAACUGGUGUUGCUGUUUUAGCUCCAUAUGUGCUCGGGUCUCGUCGUGUUCUUGUCCUAACGCCUACAAAUCGUAUUUCAGAGCAAAUAUUUGAUGCAUUUCGUAGUCAUGAGGAAGAGGAAAUGUUUCUUGUGAAAAGAGGCAUUGCUAAAAAAGAUGAAGCAAGAGAUUAUCGUCCACAUGCCCAGAAAAUCACUACAACUAACAGAAUAUUGGAUGCAAAGGAUGAUGACCUUUUGAUAGUCACAGCUCAUCAGAUUGGUAGUAAAUCUCGAGUUGGAAUUGAAGAUAUCCCUCGUGAUGAUUAUGAUCUUGUCAUUGUUGAUGAAGCUCAUCAUUAUCCAGCAAAAACCUGGAAGACGAUAGUCGAUCACUUUUCAGGAACAAAGCGUAUUUUUCUAACAGCCACACCGAAUCAUAAAAAAAGAAUAUAUUUUAGAAGAAAUUGAAAAAAGUUUGGUAGGUCUUCCAGUAAAUGAUGGAGAAAAACCAUGCAUGCGCAUUGAUGAGUGUUAUACCUUGACUCAUUCGAAAGCAGUUGCUCGAGGAAUAAUACGGAAUAACGAGUUCAUUGAAGUACCUAAUGAUCGUACUGUUAACAGAAAUAAAAGUUUAAGAGCUAAGGAUAGUGAAAAUCUUGGAAUGGUUGAUGAUGUUGCCUCUGUCAGGAAGAAUGAUGAAGAUACUAAGAGUAACGAGGAUGUGGCUAGAGAAAUUGUUCACUUCCUUGAGCAACAUGAUAAAGACGAUCCAACAGUGAAGCACCAGGCAAUGGUAUUGACCCAAACCAUUGAUGCUGGAGGAACAAACUCUGCUGAAGAUUUUUGUGAAUGUUACAAUGCUGUGGUGCCUAAGGAUUAUCGUUGUGAAAAGUAUGUUGGAGGUAAAAAAAUUAACAACAGCAUUCUGUCAGAUUUUGGAGAAGGUAAAAUACGAACAUUAGUAGUCAUUGAUAAGCUUAGGGAAGGAUAUGAUAAUAAGGCAGUGAGUGUUGUUGCUAUUGUUCGUAAUGUUGCUAUUGAAUCAAGAGUGUUAUUUGCUCAAUUUGUUGGUAGAGCAAUUCGUAAGAUUCGUCCUGAUGAUCCUGUUACUGCAAUUAUAAUAGCUCACAAGCGUCAUGACCAAAGGCCCAAUUAUGAUCAAUUUGAUCAUGUCACUGAUGUUAUUGUUCCUGCUGAUGAGGAAAAUUAGUUUAUUAUUUUGACAAUUAUUAUUAUACAAUGUUUAGGCUCAUUUUCUCAUUCAUUUUUCACAUUUUUGUUGUUGUAACAUAAGAAUUUGGAGAUAAA